AUGGAACAAGUUAUAGGACAAUUCCAAGGAAAGCAGGCUAAUUUGACAUUUGAAGAUCUAUAUAUUGCUGUGCUACUUGUGUACAAUGAUAUCAACAAUCGAUUGCCUGGGCCUCAUUUUGAUCCACCCUCGAAGGAGCAAGUCAAAACUAUGAUGCUGGAUUGUGACUUAAACCUUGAUGGAGAACUGGAUUGUGAAGAAUUUGUGCGGUUUAUGCAACAGUUAACAGCAGAUACAUUCGUCAUUGUUAGCCAGGGACUGAUCAUCACUUUGGCUGUAGCACCGACAGUUGCUCUGCUGACGAAGAGGUCAACAGAGGGUAUUCCAGUCGUCGGGAAAGUGGUGCAGAAGUUGCCCAAUUCAGUUUAUGCAUCCCUCGUGACCCUUGCAAUUGUGCUGUUCCAGCAAUCAGGCCAGGGUGUGGAUUAG